UGAGUGUUCCUGGGUCAGGCAGAGUUUACUGCAACAGGCAGGGCGGAACUGCUGUUAGCAGCAUGUCGAAAGAAGACAGGCUGAGUUAGCUCCACUCGCAUAACUUAACAGUUUUUACGUGCCAGCAGGGCAGGUUAAACCACCACCCUACGUACGGACUUUUGCGAACACCACCGCAACUUGUUUUCUGGGUGUUUGGGGGGGAAAUGUGAGCCCCCUCCGCGCGAUUUUUCCCCACGUAUUUUCACGACGUAAGGCGGCGGUUGAGGGCUCGGCAGCCAUCUUUGGAGCUUUCCUGGGAGUGGGAUCCGACUACUGUGGAACCCCAGCUACUUCAAGGUCCUGAACACACAUGAAAGCACUGUCCUGCAGAUGAGCCGUCACUGGGGGCUUUCCCGUCGCUGUCGCAGACCCAGAUAGUUUCUGGCGACAGCGGCAUUGCCCCCAACAUCGCAUUAUGCCCAACAGCAGUCGGGCGGGGAACCUGAAGGACCCCGAAAUUGCAGACCUCUUCUUCAAGGAGGAUCCGGAGAAGCUCUUUUCAGAUCUGCGUGAAAUUGGACAUGGCAGCUUUGGUGCUGUUUACUUUGCACAAGAUGUGCGGACGAAUGAUGUGGUGGCCAUCAAAAAGAUGUCUUACAGUGGGAAACAGUCCACUGAGAAAUGGCAAGACAUAAUAAAGGAGGUGAAAUUCCUGCAGAGAAUACAACACCCAAACAGCAUAGAGUACAAAGGAUGUUACCUGAGAGAGCAUACUGCUUGGCUGGUGAUGGAAUAUUGUCUAGGAUCAGCUUCAGAUUUGUUAGAAGUUCACAAAAAACCUCUGCAAGAAGUUGAAAUAGCGGCGAUUACCCAUGGUGCUCUUGAGGGUUUGACCUAUCUUCAUUCCCACAACAUGAUUCAUCGUGACAUCAAAGCAGGAAACGUCUUACUGACGGAAUCGGGUCAGGUGAAACUUGCAGACUUUGGUUCUGCUUCCAUAGCUUGUCCUGCAAAUUCCUUCGUUGGGACCCCAUAUUGGAUGGCCCCAGAAGUAAUUUUAGCUAUGGAUGAGGGUCAGUAUGAUGGGAAAGUGGACAUCUGGUCUUUGGGAAUAACCUGCAUCGAAUUAGCUGAGAGGAAGCCUCCACUUUUCAACAUGAAUGCAAUGAGUGCCUUAUACCACAUAGCACAGAAUGAGAGCCCAACACUGCAGUCUAGUGAAUGGACGGAAUAUUUCCGAAACUUUGUAGAGUCUUGCCUUCAGAAACUUCCUCAGGAUAGGCCAAACUCUGAGGAGCUCCUACGGCAUGCAUUUAUUCAGCGUAAACGACCAGAAUCGGUUCUAAUAGACCUGAUUAAUCGGACCAAGGAUGCUGUGAGGGAGCUAGAUAAUCUGCAGUAUCGUAAAAUGAAGAAGAUCUUGUUUCAGGAAGCCCACAAUGGCCCCACAACUGAGGCGCAAGACGAUGAUGAGGAGCCAGAACACAAUGUGAGUAAGACGGGCACAGUGAACAGCGUGGGAAGUAACCAGUCGAUUCCGAGCAUGUCGAUCAGUGCCAGUUCUCAGAGCAGCUCCGUCAACAGUCUAACUGAUGUCGGAGACGACAAGAGUGAGGUAGACAUGGAGGGAGACCACACGGUGAUGUCCAACAGCUCUGUCAUACAUCUCAAACCUGAACAACAGACAAGUAACGAGGAGUCAGAGCCGCCUCAGAACCGAGCAACAUCAGAACCACAACCUACACCUGUACAAACUCAGAGGCCAAAACGAAACCGUGAACACUUUGCUACUAUACGCACAGCUUCAGUGCUCACUCGCCAAAUUAAGGAGCAUGAGCAGAAUUCUGAGUUAAGAGAGCAAAUAUUGGGCUACAAGCGUAUGAGGCGGCAGCAUCAGAAGCAGCUGCUGGCUCUGGAAAACAAACUGAAGGCUGAAAAGGAUGAGCACAGGCUCCGACUGGACAAAGAGCUGGAGAACCAGAGGAAUAGCUUUUCUCAAGAGAUGGAGAAGCUCAUUAAGAAACACCAGGCUUCCCUGGAGAAAGAUGCAAAAACCUACAGCAAUGAUGAAAAGAAGUUCCAACAGCACAUCCAGGGUCAGAUGAAGAAAGAGCUCAACAGUUUCCUAGAGUCCCAGAAACGUGAAUAUAAACGCCGCAAGGAGCAACUGAAAGAGGAACUGAAUGAAAACCAGUCAACCCCCAAGAAAGAAAAGCAAGAGUGGUUGUCCAAACAAAAAGAGAACUUCCAACACUUUCAAGCAGAGGAGGAGGCCAACUUGCAGCGCAAACAACGGCAGUACCUGGAGAUAGAAUGCCGCAGGUUCAAACGGAGGCUCAUGAAUACCCGUCACACUACUGAACAGGACCUGGUGCGAGAGGAGUUAAACAAGCGUCAGACCCAGAAGGACUUGGAACAUGCCAUGCUUCUCCGGCACCACGAGUCUAUGCAAGAGCUGGAGCGUCGCCAUCUCAGCACCAUCCAAAAGACAAGAACUGAGCUGAUCCGUCUGCAACACCAGACAGAGCUGACCAACCAGCAAGAGUACAACAAGAGGAGGGAGCGGGAACUCAGACGCAAACAUGUCAUGGAGGUUCGUCAGCAACCCAAGAGCCUCAAGUCCAAAGAGCUACAGAUCAAGAAGCAGUUCCAAGACACGUGUAAGAUCCAGACCAGACAGUAUAAAGCACUGAGAAACCAUCUGCUGGAGACCUCACCAAAGUCUGAGCACAAAGCCAUCCUUAAACAGCUGAAGCAGGAGCAGCACCGCAAGCUGGCCAUUUUGGCAGAGCAAUAUGAACACUCCAUCAAUGAAAUGCUUUCCAGUCAGGCGCUUCGCCUGGACGAAACUCAGGAAACUCAGUGCCAAGCCUUAAGAAUACAGCUACAGCAGGAGCUGGAGCUUCUCAAUGCCUAUCAGAGCAAGAUCAAAAUGCAGACAGAAGCUCAACAUGAACGAGAGAAGGAGGACCUGGAACAAAGGAUGUUGCUCCGACGAGGACUACUGGAACAAAAGAUUGAGGCUGAGUUACAAUCUUUACAAAAAGAACGUCAAGAGCGAAUCCGAAGCCUUCUUGAACGCCAAGCACGUGAAGUUGAGGCUUUUGACUCCGAAAGCCUGCGCCUGGGCUUCAGCAACAUCGGGCUCUCAAACAUCUCCUCCGAGGGUCUCAACAACAGCUUUCCCGGGGCUCCAGGAGGUUAUAGUCAGCAACUGCACUCAUCUGUGAGCGCCCAGGGGCCACGCUGGACCGGCCGUGGUUCGAGUUUAGGGCCAAGUCACCGAGGCAGUCAGCACUACCAUCACUCCAGUCUAGGAGGAACACCAAUGCAAGGGAACUGGGGGCAAGGCAUCCACGGAGGAGGGGGCCCACCUCCAUGGAGCCGUCACUCUUCUGGAUCCCUUGUUUCUCACAGCAGUGGCAGUAUACAGAACAGCCCUCAAGUGAUGGGUAGGACACCCACAGGAGGGCACGGUGAGCAGGGUAUGAGCAGGAGUACCAGUGUCACCUCUCAGAUAUCUAACGGGUCACACCUCUCCUACACAUAGACACCCCCCAUACACACCUCCCUCACGGCCCUGGAGUCACUUUGAGUAAAAAAUAACAGCAGGACAGAGUAUUGGCUUACCCCUGGUGCUCUGUCGCUGUGACACUACCCUUGUACAGAUGUGUGAUGAAAUAAAUGUUGCUCAGGUCAAAAGGGCUGGGAAUGGCACAGCCCGUCCUCCCAGCAGUUUAUUGGCACACACAGAUUCUUAGACGUAUGUUACAAACGCAGUUGGAGUAUUAGCAUCUCUUUUUACAGUUCUCUUUCACAGAGACAUUUUUUUAUCAUUCAUUUGUUAUAUUCACAGCCAUUGCUUUCAUUUUGCACAUAAAACACUGUUAGAAAGCUUUUGACAGCGUAACAUUUGUCUUUAGAAAUGUAGUAUGAAACAAUCAAACAGGUUUUGCUUCAGGAUUUUGUUUUACUCUUCCCAUUCAUAUAUAGUAAUGCACUGGCCAAUUCUGUGGUACGGUGGGAACACUAAUUCAGAACUAACUGAGCUAACGGAUGCCUUGCUGUCUACCAGCCUGCUGUAAUGGUCAUUGAUGGUCAUUGUGAUAAAUUAGAGGCUUUUGUUUAUCCACAUGUUAACCAAAAUGGGAUUUCAUGAAUGCAAAUCCAGGCAAAUUUAUCUUAACUCUUUCAGACAUAUGCUUCUACUAAUACUGUGCCUUUUUAAGGGUUUGAUAACAAAUUUUAUAGUUUAUUAUUUUGAAUUUCAUCCUUGGUUUUCGAUCAGUGAUAGGUUUUUAGUUCAGGGUUAUUUUCACACCUAGAGUUUUAAUUCCAGACUUCCAAGAUUUCUUUUGAGGAAUUCUAUAUCCUUGAAAUGUACAGUGGAGGUGGUCUAAUAAAAGUUGACAAAUUAAGUUGUGCACAUCACUGACUGCAUUUUUAUGUCUCAGUGGCACUCUAGGGGAAUCUUUAAAACUUCUGCAGAGAAUGUCAGUGUACACAUUCAUGAGCAAUUGUGGGAAAAUUGGAAACGCCAUGGCCUUAAAUCACAAUCCCAGUGCUCAUCUGUUUAUGUUUAUUAGUGCCUUUUUUUUUUUUACAACUGCUGCCUUUUUUCAAAGCACUUUAUACAGCCUAAUGCUUGUAAAAGUAAUAUUUGCCUUUUCCCCCUUUCUCUCUCUUUUUUACAUUUUGUUGCAAAGCUCCUGGUGGAUGAAUGUUUCAUCGGUACGUGUGUAGAAAAGUCAAACUUAACUGUGCUGUGACUUUUUUAAAGGGGCAAAUACCCAAGUAGACACAAAAGCCUUGUGUAUGUUGGCAUUUGUUAUGUAUGCAGAGACCCCACCCCCCUUUUUUUUGACAACUUUUACUUUUUUGUGUUUUUUUUUUUUUUUUGUCUCAGAGACUAGCUGUUGUUGGGUUUUGCCUGAUUGUGUGUUUAAGCUGAGCUCUGAUUGAACUGAGUGUUUGAGGAUGCUACAAUGUCCGUGUUUAUGCUCCAGUUUCUAUAAAACAAACUGAACAAAGCUAACUGAGGAGUCCUUUAUAUUCAGACAGGUAGUUGUCUUGACCAUGACAGCAGGCGUUGCGCUACUGAACUAAAACACUGCUUAAAAAAACGUCAUGGCCCGAAUUAAGUACCACAAAAAGUCAACGGUGCCAAGUUCAAAAUGUUGCCUAAUCUCAUUAGAACCAAAACAAAUCUUAGAAUCAAAUGCAACGUUUUAAAUUACGAGUGUAGCUAAAACUCUAAAUAUAUAAAAUUGAUUAUACACACAUUUUGUUAGGAAAAUAACACAAUGCUAAAUAAAUGUGGCGAAAGCAGCUUUUUUUAAAUCCUUUUCAGUUGUUAGUUAAAAUAUUCACGAACAAGCAUGUUGCCUUUGAAGCUGUUUUACAGACGAGGUUUCUCAAAAGUUUUAAAGGCCUUCAGAGAUGAUACAAAGGUAUUUGCUCCCUUGCGUCACAAACUUGUGGAUAAUGUUCAUCGUUUUAUGUUUAAUUAAAGAACAAGUUCAACUAAACUUACUUUUUUUUAAAAGAUUACUUCUAAAACUGACUUUGUUCACCUGUCAUUCUCUAAACUACUACUUUUUUAAGGGGUGAGUUGUGUACGCACAGUUUAUUGGACAAUAUUUCAAGUUUCAGAUUAAACUCUUUAAUAUUGCGUUUGCUGCCAUCUUGUUUAUACGUCACUUUGUGUAGUUGACUGAGAUUUACCUCUACAAAUGUUACUCUCCAGUGCUGCACACUUUUACGCAUUUGUCCUCAUUCCUGUCUGAUCAAAAGCUUUUUUUAGCUGUUUUUUGUUCAUGGCUUGUCACAAAUGGUUUUUUUUCUUUUAGUUUUAAACAUAUUCUUGUCACGUUUGAGGACACAAAGCGCUGGCAAUUCUUUUUAUAUAGAGUUGGAUUUUAUUUCAUGUAUAUAUUCUAUCAGAGAAAGUAUGCCUUUAUAUCAAGUUAGACAUUAUUUGGUUCCAAAACUCAUUUUUGUAUGCCAACUGAUUUUUUUUUUUCUCAUCUACUAUAUCCAAGUAGGCUAUAUUUGAUUCUUUUCUGACUUAUUUGUGUUUGGUAUAAAUGAAAAUGUACAUAUUGGAGUUUUAACAUAAGUCAAAAGCCAAUAUACCAAGUGUUUGAAUGUUAGAUCAAUCUAACCUCAAAUAUGCCAACUUUUCAGUUUUAUAAGGACAGCAAUACUUAAUUUUGUUUCCCAAAUGUUACAGAAACUACAUGUUCUUUUCAGUUUGAAAAAAAUCCAACAACAACCUGUAUUUUAUUUCAUGUUUUCAAUGUUUCAAAUAACUUGUCAGUUUUUGUUCUGCAGAUGGAACGCAAGUGAGAUACUGGAUGUGUAUCGGCAACUGAAAAUAGUGAUUCUCUUUAAGGUCAAACACUGUGCCAUACCCGUGUUGCCAAGCCCAGACAUUCGUGAAUCUGUUUCAUCCAAUGUUUUAUCUGUUCUCGAGCUAAUGACAUAAAAUAUAUGAAACAAAUAGACAAGUUGGCUCUGGCUUAUUGGCUGAAGUUAAAAACACUUGGGAGUGACAGGCAGAUGAUGAAAAGAUUGCAUUUCUUUGAAGAUGUCAGUAUUUUUUCUUUUUUUUUUUUCUUUUUUUUUGGCACAUUACCACUACAACCCUAUAACUUGUAUUAAAAUGUAUAGAUGGUGGAGUUAUUGAAUGUCAGAGAUUAUGAAGAUGGUAAAGUACUAAAAGUGGAUUUAAAUUGUGUACAAAGAGAUGAAACAAUAAAAUGGAUACAAUUACUAUAAUGUUUGUAUUGUAUUUACGUGUUGGCAGAGGGAUACUGAACAGAAAUCAGCUGUAAUAAAGUAAUUUUAGUAUAA